AACAGGGACAGCAUUGCACAGUUUGUAUUGUUUUCAGUAGGAACUGAACACAGCUCGUAAAAAUGAUGAAAAUUGCUUUAGUCCUUUCUUGUGUCGUCUUAGGGGCUUUGUCUGCCAGCCUCUCUGAAGAAGAGAAAAAGCUCCAAGAGAUCCACGACAAGUGCCAAGCCGAUCCAGCCACUUAUGUCGACCACGAACUGUUGCACCACCUUGCAGACAACAUUGACAACCCUAAAGUAGGUGCCCACAUGCUUUGCGAAUCGAAAGCCGUAGGUCUUCAGAAACCAAAUGGCGAACUGGAUUUGACUGUCAUCAAACAGAAGAUAACCCUCACAGUUGAUGACAAAGAUAAAGUAGAGAGAUUGGUCAGGGAAUGUGCUGUAAAGAAAGAAACUCCGGAAAAGACCGCCGUCAAUCUGUUUAUGUGCUUGGACAAGGAUGGAGUCACCUAUUUCCAUGAAUUUUAAUUUCUUUGUGAUACCUAUGGUGCAUAUACUACGCUUAUGUAUUUAAUAUUAAGGAAAUAAGUAAAAACAGUAUUCUA